UAAAAACAAAAUGGCAUCCGACGAAGGAGAUAUCAUAAUGCAUUCGAAGUUAAAGAAAAUGACCUCCAAAAAGCAACCAACAAGCCCCACUGCGGAUAUUUUAAAAAAUCAAGACAGAAAAGUAUCUACAAAAGUAAUGGUGAAUACAGCGUUGGUGGAAUUAAAGUCACGAAAAGGAACUUCUUUAUACGCUAUCAAGAAGUUUGUAAGCGAGAGAUAUCAAGUGGAUACAGAGAAAAUAAGUUAUAUUAUGAAGAAAUACUUGAAAACCGCGGUCGAAGCUGGCACUAUAAUACAGACCAAGGGUAUUGGCGCCUCUGGCUCAUUCAAACUUGCCACAAUGAAAACCAAAAUUGAAAAGAAAAAAGAAUUAAAAAAGACCGUCAAGAAGAUGUCGAAACCGUCCGACGAGGAAAUAAAACCAGCGAAGGAGAAGAAAACAGGGAAAAGUAAGGAGAAAAGCAAAGAAAAAACUAAAGAAAAGAACAAAGACAAAGGCAAAGAGAAAAAGGUCAAACAGAAAAUCGAUAAGAACUCGCAUGAAAAGGUUGAAAUUAGGAAAGUUGAGAAAGAGGAAAAAGCAUUGAAAAAGGAUAAGCAAGAAAAAUCAAAGCCUAAAAGCGGGAAAGAGAAAAUAUCGAAAUUAUCUAGAAGCAAAAUGGCGCUCGCUACGACUCCCGCCAAAAAGAUGGCCGCCAUUUUAAAAAGAAAAAGUAUGGGGUCUAUCGUAAAACCUCCAAAAAUGAAGCCUAGGGCUCUUAAACAAAAAUAAAGUGCCUAAUUUGGAU